GUGUUUUCUACUAAUAAUGUUGACUUAUUUGACUGAUCAAAACAUACAAAUUUACACUUGUUAAAUCAUAUGCGUAAUCUUCACUUUGAUACUAUGCCGACAUUAUCAGUGAAUUAAAUAUUGGAUCACAGCAGCAUUGAGAACUAGGCGCAUGUCUGAAGUUCAGGCCUUGUCACGAACAGGCAACCUAAGCGUCAAGAUUGAAUUUAUACUCUGAGUUACUAGCGCCUUGACUUUCUACUAUUUUAAGGUAUUCAAAGAUCCAGUAGGUUCCUUGACAAACGGACGAGAAGAAUUAACAAGCAAAAAUGUUUGGCUUUAACAUGUUCCCGGAGAUUCCGCGGCCCUUCAAUACUCAGUACAAAUGUUUUUCCGUAUCUAUGCUACCUGGCAACGAGAGACAAGACGUGGAACGCGGUGGAAAGAUUAUAAUGCCUCCGUCGGCUCUGGAGCAGCUUACAAGACUGAAUAUAGUAUAUCCAAUGCUGUUCAAGUUGACAAAUCGAAAAACAAACAGAAUAACUCACUGUGGUGUCCUGGAAUUUGUUGCUGAUGAAGGAAGAGUUUACCUUCCAUACUGGAUGAUGCACAAUCUUUUGCUGGAGGAAGGUGAAUUGUUGAACAUUGAAAGUGCAUCUCUGCCAGUUGCCACCUUCUCACGCUUCCAACCUCAAUCAGAGGAUUUUUUGGAUAUCACUAAUCCUAAGGCUGUCUUAGAAAAUGGUUUACGAAGUUUCGCCUGUCUUACCAGAGGAGACAUUAUAGCUAUAAGGUACAAUCAACGAAUAUACGAGAUGUGCGUUCUCGAAACCAGACCAGGUCCAGCUGUUAGUAUUAUUGAAUGCGAUAUGAACGUGGAGUUUGCACCUCCGGUCGGAUAUAAGGAGCCUGAAAGAGAAUUUAAAAAGGAAGAGAAUGUUGUGGAUCCUGUGGAUUUAAUGCCUGCACCAGCUGGUUUUGUAGCCUUCAAAGGUCGGGGUAACAGAUUAGACGGAAAGAAACGCAAGGAUUCUGCACAAUCGGAAUCUUCAUCCUCGAAACCCGUUUACGUGAGGGGUAUACCUGAUUACGAUUACAAGAUAGGGACAUUGAAGUUCCUUAGAAAUGUUAAACCAGUUAAUAACAAAGAGAUCAAGGACCCUGACGAAUUUAAAGCUUUUACCGGGGAAGGUUUUUCCCUCCGAAAAUCAAGAAAGUGAUAUUUAAAUAUCGUGAUAUUCUAUUGACUUUUCAAUUACGGUUGUAACCAAAUUUCAUCCGUAAUACCAACCUAUUUAUCACAAUACUUGUAUCUUGUUUUGUAAUAAAUCAAAUCUUUUGUAAAAAAAAAA